UUCUUGAUAUAUUGCUUAUAACACUAUUGCUCAGAUCCAAAAUAUUUUUUGAAUUUUCUCAAGGUCGUGCUACGUGUAACGACCUUGAGGAUGAGGUACGCUAUUCUUGCAUCAGCAAGUUUGAUUGUUUCAUCCAUCGUCGUAACGAACACUUAUUACCGCAAAAAACAGUUUUAUCCUACUGUUGUGUACUUAACCAAUAAUCAGCCAUCCCUUUCUAUCCUCCUCUUUCAAUGUGUUGUUAUACUCUUCUUGGUCGUAAAAGCACUCACAUAUGCUUUCUUCGGUCGACUUCAAAGAGCAGAAGUAGAUAAUCUUGUUUCACAGUCAUGGUAUGCUUUCUUCGACAUGUGCUUGGUUUUUGCCUUCUUCCAGAACGAAUUGGGAGUCGAAUUUCUGUUCUUGUUCGCUAUACUUUUAUUUGUCAGAGCGUUUCACUGGCUUAUUGAAGAAAGGGUCGAUUAUAUGGAAAGAUCGCCUGUCAUUAGUGUUGUGUUUCAUCUUCGAACAAUGAUGCUUAUUACUCUUCUAACUCUGGUGGACGUAUAUUUCAUCAAAACAGCAUACUGGAAGCCAGCUACACACGGAAUAUCCGUACAUUUGGCUUUGGGGAUAGAGGUUUGAAUAUUAUUAACUUUGUUCAUACCUUACAUUUGUCUAUAAUUGUACACUUUGGCUGAAUAGGUGAGCAGGUUCUGUGUGUAUUAAGUUUCACUGUCAUACUGGGUAUGUACCAAUGGUCAUCUGAUAUAUCAAACGGAUUAGUUGUGCGAGAUAAUUGUUUUUUUUUUUGGUACUUGCCACGUCUCCGUCUACCGUAACUUGCGUUAGUUAGCGGGACAGGUAUAAGACGUAGGAAGCAUUGUUGUCAGAAUUCAGUCAAACCUACCUUGAAUUUAUGGGUUGUGAGAAAAUGUUUUCUUUGUGGUAUGAUCUAUAAAAUCUGCAACCGCCGAUUGAGAGCUCAAAGUGGGCCGCUGUUAUAGUUGCAUCUGCCUGACAUUCUAGACUGUUAAACACCUAUAGUCUUGCACGCUUAUUGAUUCUAGGGUUUUAAUUUUGUUGAUUAUCUAAACAUUGUUAAGCAGUAUGGUAACUAUUGCUAGUUUUUUUUCGAACGGAAACAAUAUAUUCCAUCUAAAGUAUCAUCUUAGUGGUACGUCCUAACCGAAUAUUUCCCCCGAAUAAAUCUACAAGGGAUUUUUAAUGAUUGAUUGGUUCCCAAAGAAGAUUAAAAUGAAGACUAUUGUUGUUUUUAUAAAGUAGAAACUAACUAAUCUAUUAAAUGUUUAUGUAGGAGUCUAGAGAUAAUGUUCCAGUACUCAAAACGUAGAUCAGACAUUUUUGAAGAAACAACUGUACAUUGAUUAUUUAGACCGUCAAACAGUUUGGAACUAAUUGAAUUGGCAAAAUCUAACUGUCAAUUACCAGCUAACUUGAGGCACUAUGUAAUGUCAGUUUUGUAUUGGUAAAAGACUAUUAUGGAAUGCAUAUCAACCUGAUCGUACCUGCAUACUGUCAUGCAAACUGUCGUUUCCCGAAUAUAUUAUUACCAAUAUUUUUAAAAAUGAGUAGUUCUAGGUGUUUUGAAGUUAUUUUCUCGUAAUUUAUGACGUCAUUUUUCAUUCAAGGUUAAAUAAGUCAUUAAGAUUUCCAUACUGUCGACUACGUUUGCACCAUGGUACAGUGUUGACAUGUCUGGAGCCCUCUAAAGGUUGAUGAUCACUGAUUACGGAUCGUGCAUCACAUAACUCACCGUUAAUCACAGUGUUGGAAAUUCACUUCUCACCUUUUUAAAAAUCCAAAACAUCUUGUUACUCUUAUGAUAGUUCCAUAUUCACUUAAACUAUUCCAUGUUUUUACAAACUGAAUGUUUUAAAUUAAUUCACGAUUAGGUAGAGUUCUAUCAAUAAGUUAGAUAUUAUUUCGACAGCAUGAAUAUUACACACGAUGUAGACGGCCAAAAUAUUUUUUUAUGAAGUUUUCUGUCUUCCCUUCAACCAUAAUAUCCAGCGUAGUACCGCGUUUUCCAUAUUCUUAAGUUCGACGUAGAUUGAUUGGGCUGUUGUCUUCACUCACUGUUUACUGACGACAUAGUACAGCUGUCAUCAUAGGCAAGCAAUAAGGAUGUAUUACUUAGAAAAUCCAUUCUCUAUUAUUAUACUCUAAGUGUUUUUAUGUACUUCAUGCAAGCGACUUGUUUAAAUAGGUUUAAUUUAACACUGGAUUAUUUGUUUUUAAAUAUUUUCAGUAUUUCAUUUUAAUAUUGAGUCUUCUAUCGACUACUGUACGUUAUAUUUUACAUUCGAUUGACUCUAUGCGAGAACAUUCCUGGAAUAAGAAAGCUACGUAUCUCUUAUAUGUGGAUAUUCUCAUUGGAUUUAUUCGUUUGGCUGUGUACGUUGAGUUUACGUUCAUCAUGUGGUCACUACAUCCGUUUCCUUUAUUUAUCGCGCGACCUAUCUAUCUUAGCAUCAGAUCACUAAAAAAGGCGAUUCGAGUAAGUUUUUGACUGUAAAGAUUUCGUAGUAUUCGUGAUCUUGGUUAUACAUUCUUACAUGUAUGACUAACACAAUUGUAUAUGAAUUGUCUUUAUGUUCUGGUCAGUUUCACCUCGUGAUUCAAAACAUGUACAUUCUGUCGCUGAACACUAUUCUUCUUAACCUUCAAUAAAGAUCUUGCAUAUAUGUUUGUUUGCGUUAGAUUUAUCAGUAUACAAGCGAAAAACUCAAUAUAUUAAGGCAUAAAUGUUAAAAAAUAAGUUAAACAUUUAGAUCCAUACGCUCAAUCUGUUAUUGCAAAUUUAAAAACAAUCGUACAUAAAUAUUACAAAGAUAUCAUCAUAAUUUGUUGUUGGGGAUCCUUUUGUCGACUCUGAAAUAAUACUAUCAUUAGUUUUUCGGGAUUUUUUUACUAACUGUUGUUCGAAUACUAUUACUUACACAAUAUUAAUAACGCAGUCUGAUAAAAAUCACAGUCCAGACUCCCAAAACAUGAAGAAUUCAUUUCAAUUGGAAAUGAAAUUGGUGAUAAAUAACCCGACCGUAGCUACUACCUUAACAUGUUAGUCGGGCUUGCCUAUCGUGGACUUAUCCAAGCUAUAUUGGCUGGAACACAUGUUUCUUUAGGUCCUACUAUGACAGGCAGGUCGGUCGGAGAGCGGUAUGACUAAAAGUAGAAACUUAAGGUCAGAGGGUGAAGUCGUACUGCUGACUGUAGAGGAGUGUGACACCAGUAACGUGUUUCCAUCAGACAACCAGCAUCUGCAGCGAUGCUGCCUUCUCAUUAUGGAAGGGGCUGUCACAUCUUAUUUUACCCCAUGGAUUUCCGUAUCUAGCAGUAAGGCAUUUUUAAGUGGGGAUCUAACACCGAAAAUUUUCUAAAAAAGGCUGUGCACGACCAGCCACAAGCAGUUGUCUCUCGGGCUAUGCGUCACGCUUUCAGGUCGCUAAGAACACUACUAAUUUAACUUUUUUCAGUCCUCUCAAGAAGAAAUAUCCUCCAGCAGUGUGGACAACCGCCUUCAUACUUCUAUCAGCAUCCGAGAUCAUCUUAUUGAUGAUCGAAUCCCUUCCUCACCCCUUAAUUCUUCCGACCUCGUUUAUCUUUAUCAUCAUGCGCCACCAAUACUAACUAUUUGGGUUCACAAAAUGUUAUUGCUGGUCUCCUAAAACCACUCUCUAAACUAAACGUUGGAGCUUUAAGUGUUCGAACCUUGUGUCAGAUAGGGAAACAGUCUUCUUUAGCUAGGACUCUAGUAUCUCACUUUUGAUGCUUUCUACGUCUCCGAAUCUCCUAUACAGGAUACAAGUACAGUCAUUCAUUUGAUCUCACUUUAUCAGUGUGAACAAACAGCACGAUUUACCUUCCGAGUACCUGAAAACCUCACUGCCAUUUUUUCCGAGGCCUCGCUGGUGCAUAUACAACAUUGAGUUCUAAAGUAGAAGAGGAUCUCCUAGACAGGAUUCCAAUAGAUAUUCGCUUGUGCACUGUCCAGCUAAACGAGACAGUAAGAACUCGAAAAGAUAGGGAUACACGCCUUUGCUUGUUUGUUGUCUCUGUCUACGCUUCCAUUGAUUGCAGCUCUGAUGAAGUUAAAGAUUAAUUUUAUAGGAAGCUAUCCAACUUCAUUCAAAAAACAAAAGCCUUAAUGUAGUGAUAGUAGCGAGUGAUUUCAGGGCUCAAUUAGGUAAACUAAACCGAACCGAAAGGUACUUAGGCGGAUCUUAAGGUGUUGCGGCUCAGCGAACAGAUAAUGCCAACCGUCUGUUGCAACUAUGCUCAGAUAACCAUCUAUUUUUGGCAAACACAAACUUCAAAAACAGGGAGAGACAUCGUCUCACGUGGUAACCUCCGUAAUUGACUUAUCAAUGGACUGCAGUAGGUCACAUUGCCAUUAGUUAUCGUUGAAGGGGCUCGAUAGAAGACUGUCACUAUUUUGGGAUUUGGCCUGACAACUUCAUCUUUCUGUGCUAAAGGAGUGUGGCAACUUGAACCAAUGUACAUGCGUACAGGUUCUACGUCGUGACUGACUGGUGAUAAAUAACAUUUGCAAGUGUGAAACAUACGUAAUUGUCUCAUCAGCUAAUAUUUUCCGCACAAGAAGACCAAAUAACAUACCGAAGUCAGACAAACCUAAUGUGAUGAACAUCUAAAAGUGUACAAACGAAAACGAAUAAUCUCAGCUGGGAAACAUAUGUAUUUUUUGCUUUGUUCUAUACUCAUAUCAGUAAGCUCAUGAGCACUGCCCACUCGAUUUUCCGUAAACUAGUAAGAUUAUGUAGGUCAGUUUAUAGUUGUUCACAACGUAGAACCUGCCAUGUAUAUGCAUCGGUUCAAGUUGACAGCUCGUUGAAUAUUUUGUUUGUGUUUCUAAGGUAAAUUUUAACUCAAUAACCAAGAUUUAGAUCUGUUAAUGAAAUCUAUACCUUCAUCAAACGUUAUCAAUAUUUGUUCGUUAAUCUUGUUUUAUUCCGGUGCUUAGUGAUCAAGGAAACCAUCUUUCUUCCAGUAGAUCUAAGGUUUAAAUUCCGCCCAACCCACCCCUCACUCAAAGUGUAGCUGCAAGCCGUGUUCAUAAACGUGUUCUUGAUAAAUAAUCGAAAUGAGUUUUUUCCUGUACAUCUGACUGUUACCUAAAGUAAUGAAAAACUUCUUUGCCCUUAACCUUAUAUACGACACUGACAGUGCAUAAUCUAAGUGAAAACUAAUCUCAAUGGGAUUUACAAAAACAGAUUUGAUUGGUUCUCAUAUGCUUCUGAGUUAUGGAAGAGUUGCAGUUUUUUGGAAUAUGCGCUUGAAUUGCUGCCGAAACCAUGGGAACUAAACUAAAAUUUCUUUCUUUAGAGUUUGUUUGUUGUAAAAUAUUUUCCCCACUCAAAAUAAUUCUUACCAAUUAUCUCAGUGUAUUCUUGUCAGUCAGUCAGUCAGCUACAAUGUCGGACCAGGCACAUAUGUACAUCGGUUCAAGAUACCAUACCUCGUUAGCACAACAAGAUGAACACCAAAUUCACAGAAGUAGUUUGUUCAGUUGUGGUAAUAUAUCCUUGGGCAUUUAACAAUCGUGGGUGUUAGCUUUUAUUUACAGACUAGCUACUGGUGAGAUACGUUUCAAUUUUCUUAACCCUUUUCUGUUAUGACAAUUGUAACAGUAGUUCAUCAAAGCUACUAUGUUCAUAAUAAUUAUGGAGUUACAGGCUCAUCCGUAUUCCUCCCUAUGAAAAUUAUACACCAAGAAAGGAUUUCGUCUGACGUUUACCUAACAGUAAAUACGGUGCUCAUUCGUUGUAUAAUACCGUUUGCGUAAUCAGCUCUUAUUUAAGAGACAUAAGGUUUUACAUUCAUUUACAUUAUCACCUAUCAUCAGUUUUAUGUGUGAUUACUGUAAGUAUAAUAUAACGUGAGAUCCUUUGAUUAUUCCUUUAUGUAAAGGAUAUGUUGAUGUCACGUCGUGCCAUUCGAUACAUGAACACAGUUUUCCGCGAUGCCACUCCAGAUGAUUUGGCUUCCUCCUCAGAUACUGUUUGCAUAAUCUGUCGUGAAGAAAUGAAUCUUCAGACAGAUAAUAUACCAUCGGUUGGGACUUCAGCUCUUAAAAGGUUACCUUGUUCUCACAUUUUCCAUUUUGGUUGUCUACGUUCGUGGUUUCAACGUCAACAGACUUGUCCAACCUGUCGAAUGGAUGUCAUACGUGAAGCUAGAGUGCAAGAAAGACAGCGACAACAACCUCAUCGUUCAGCAACUACCAAUAAUACACAACCAGAGAGCUCAACAACUUCUGGUCCAUCUAAUUCAACUGCGACACCAUCUAUUGCAGCUAAUAAUCAAAACUUAUCAGUGCCAUGGAUGGUAAGCUUCACCAGUUGACCUUCAGACUUAUGGUGACAAGUCACCCAUUCUUUGCGAACAAUUCUAACUAAAAAACAUAAUGAUAAUAAUAAUAUAGGAACAAUAAAAUGCUUAAGAUUAAUUCGCUUUACUUUAAGUGGACCAAUAACUUAAUAGGUAUGGGAUUUGGUUUAGGGCCGUCGGGCCACAGGUUCAAACGUUACUGAACUUGGUUUGCGCAGACGUAUAGUUAUUCCAAUGUUUGCAUGCAAUGUGACUCAAAGUGGGGCACACAAAUUUUUAUCUAGCUUCUCGGUUUCGGUCCCCCUAAAUUUAGGACUUCUUAGUCUGCUUUAAGCCACGGAAUUUUGUGCUAAUUAUUAACUAUUUCUUUUCCCUAUUUGCUGACCAAUUAGUAUUAUACUGUUCACUAGCGUGUGAUAUGAGACCAUGGGAGCAUGAAAGCUAUAUUUGCUUGACACAUGAACUAAUAAGAACGAAGUCUAUUAUUGGGCUGUCCUAUUUAAAAGUAAAUUUGUUGCAUAGUGAUUAAGAUCUAGGGUCGGUUCAUUUAGAGAGGAUAUUCUGGAAUAAUAUUUUGGAAUUUGUGAAAAUAAUUGGGGCUUUUAGUGAGGUAAGGCAGAAUAUAUGUAAGUCAUUAGAAAUGUAGAUUCACAUUUUAUUCAACUGGAUGAGUUUCUGGAAGAGAAUCGAGGCUGGGGUGAUUAAUUUAUAGAUACCUCCCUGCUUAAUUUCGACAAAUAUCUAAGCUUCUAUUCUUUAAUCAAGGAUUAAAAAGAUUUCUCCUUAAUAUCUUUUGACACCUGUUUUUCAUUUACAGAAUAGUUGAAAUUGUUAUUGUUUGGGGAGGUGGCACAUGGUUACGUUUACCUAGUUAUACUUUCGUUUUCAACAUAACAUUGUUAUAUCCGCGGAAAUUCUUAGAUGACUUGUGUCUAGUACUGAAAACCCCGAAUCCAACGACGUUUAGUGAAAGCACAAGGACUUCUGAUAUGGAUUUAUUUGACACUGGAGAUACGCGAAUACACUGAUUUUUAUAUAAUUUAUAUACAGUCAGUUUCAUAUAAUUUUAGCUGUUCAGUAUUUAACAUUAACUGGUGAAUAUCUUACUGUGUGAACACAUUUACAAUAUCAUGCAAUUAAGUAUUUACAAUCAAUAAAUAUAAUUAAUUGGCCAAGUUAUAUAGUCACUUAGGAUGUGAUUACAUGUUACAGGCGACCAGUUGCUCUCCAAUCGAUUAAGUAAUUGUUCGUGUUAUCACAUAUUGUUACUGUUCAAUAUUUUGUUUGUUAUUUAGCCUCCUGCCAAUGCAUUCCCGUUUUAUCCACCAUUUAUUCCUCCUAAUAAUAAUUCAACAACUACACAAGCUCAGACAGUCUUUCCGUCUGUGCCUCCUUUAUACAUACCACCCUUUAUGGGGAUGCCUAUAAUAUACCCUGGUAAGUUAGGUGGAUUGUCUAUUACACUGUUUUAACAGAACAUUCUGUUUAUAACCACACAGUUUGAAUGUUGUAUAUCAUUUUAAUUCGAUAUCGAUCUCGCAAGCUCAGUUUUUACUUUAUUUUUACAUUCAUACUAUUUGAUGUUAGAACAGCUAAAGUGGACUGUAAUGUGUGUAAUAAAUAUCUUAAUGCAUUCUGCUUGUAAUUUUGGACUAUCCAACUUUCAAAGUAUAUUGUCAAUGUAUCUUGCACUAUCGGGAUCCUGUGUUUAUAAUCAGUCAUAUUUAAAACAAAAUAUGUAAAAAGUGACUGACAGACUCAGCUCCAUUUGGUUUUCGAGACAACUUUUAUUAGUAUUUGCUAAUUUCAUUCACAUGAAGAUUUAAAUUACCUGUUUUCACUUAGAUAUCUCAACUUUCUGUAGAAGCAUAUUCUAUCUUGGGUAUCUGUCAUCGACACUGUACAUUCAUGGACGAUUAAUUCGAAGCAGUAAAGUAUAUAUCCCCUAUAUUUGUAUUUUUGACCUUUUAAGUAAGAAGGGUGUUAUCUGAUUGUCUGCCUGUUAUGUGAUUUUACGAACUUAUUGACUGUUAGGAUAGUAAAAUCAUGACUGUGAUUGAUUGUUCUCUGACUUUUAAAAAAUUAAUUUAAAAAGCCAAGAAUGAUCACUGAUCGUCUUAAACGAAAGAUAUAGUUUAAAUUAGUGCACGGUAUGUUUUUAUUUGGAAUGUUACUUAGCCUAUGAGUACGUUGUGUAACUUUAUAGUAUUCUGUAAACUAGGCUUUGCUCAUUUUCCUACCUACCAAUUCUCAUUAAUGUAACCAUUGUGUCACACUCCGCUUAGGUAACUUGUUCUCUAGUGGAAAUACUCCUAUGCCAGAACCGCCCUCUGGACCACCUGAAUCAACUGAUGAAGCUCGUCUUCGUGCCAGUGCUGAAGCCCGUUUCACCGCUUUACGUCAAAUAAAUGUACUGUUGAAUGCAGCUGUCCUGCAAAUGAAUGCUUACCUCAAUGCGGCUAGCGCUCCUCCAAGUGAAUUAGAACCUAUUACUUCUAUUAACACUGUCCUCAACACCGACGAUGUGGGAUCAAAUAAUGAAGGAAAGGGAGCCUCAAGUAGUGAUGUAAAUUCUCAGUAAGCAGUUUUCUGAUUCACCUUAAUUGUUUCCGUUUGUAUGAUUACUAUAUCUCCCGAUUACCAAAGCCGUCUGACUUUUGGUCCCAACACACUGCUUCAUUUACUGAAGCAAUUUCCAAUGUGAAUCUAUGUUUACUUUUUUGUAUAGUCCCGUUGAACUAGUUUUUGAAUAGACUUCUAAAAUAUUUUCAUUCUGUUUUAUUAUAGGCUACGACUGAUACAGAUAUUGUUCACUGAAAAUUAAGUCACUCUUUCUUUUUCUAUGCUCUGUAUGUAAAAUUCAGUCUAUGUAUUAUAUUAGGUGGUUUCAUUUCUAGUUGGUCCCAUCCGUGUGUCUUCCUGAAUUUGAAUAACUAACAGUGCUAGAUAUUCAGUCCUCCUUAGUGAUUUGUUCAACUUGAAGCAUUUCGCUCUGUUAAUUGACGUGGAAACUGAUGGUUUCAUCUCACAUUAGAAACUGUUUUGCCAGUUAUUCAAUACAUUAUGUUGAUUGACAGUAUAUUAUUUGCUCUUGUUACACAAGUUCUUAGAAGUUGUUCGUUUGCCGUGAAAAACUGUCAAAACCGUCAGUCAUUAUGUUGUGAGAUGAAAGUACCCAUAUUGGGGUGGUUGGUCAUGUAACCGCUUUUGUAUAUAGUCUUCUCACUUCUAGCCGGUAACCCUAAUACAAGAAGUAUUUUCGACAGGAACUUUGAAAGAUUUAAAUGUUUCAUAAACCCAAUGGAUCCUGGGGACAUGGUCGAGAAAUCGUAUCACGGACUACAAUGAAGGAUGAACGGAAAGGACUUAAUCUCUUCCUCAGUCCUAGUUAAUCCUCACAAAAGUCCAACUCGUGGUGAGAUUUGUUUGGUUUUCCAAAGGUCAUUCAAGUAAACAGCUAUAACGCUGUUAUAAUCUCUUUUAUUGCGACCCAGCUACUUCUAUUGUUUAGCACUCGGACACGUUACCCCACUCGACUAGUCCUCAAAUCAGAACACGGUCGAACAGGAACGUAAUUAUAUCUUAAAUAAACAAGAUUGAAUGGGAUUAAGAAUCACGAUAAGCAAAACGUUCGUAUAUUCAUAGUUUUACGCAAGAAGAUUCUAGAGUCUUCAAGUAUGAGUAUCCGCUAAUUGGCUGGGAAGUGGUGAAUCAGCUUUGUCCAACACAAUCCUACAUGUAACAUGCUUUAGUCCAAUCUCUAUCCGGCUAAUAAACAGCUUUGUUUAUGGUGUGGAAACAUUGCUAAUUAAAUGUUUGCAAACCAGUAAGGAAAAAGUGUAUUUGAUAGUAGCAAGAAUGUACAGCACAUAACGUGGAUAUUUUUUGGUGAAAAGGUGAUACUAAUUCAAAAUUGUGGAAAUUAAACUACACGCUAGUAACUUUAAGAUUGUUUUGGGAUCUGAACACUCGAUAACCAAAGUUUGCAAAAUGCUACCCAUUUGUGGACUACACUAACUUUUAAAAUGUAUUGUUGAAUAUACUUAUUGAUGUACUAUUCUGGUGUUCUAUUUAUAUGUUGAGUCAUGACUGAUUGCAUGUUCAGUCCACGAACAUGUGAUCUGGUGACUGUACCAUGGAAAUUAUGUUCACUUCCCUUAUGUGGAUCAGGUGUUAAUGCUAAGUUAGAGGGAGUAUGUAGUUGCCUGGUGCUAGGAACAGCUGGGUAAAUACUAGAAUUCCCCUAAGUGGGCUUCUCUGUUAUGGUCAUUUUUUCUUCAGUUUUGUCAUCAAUGAUUUCCUCAGGGUAGUGCACGGUUUUGAUGUAAACCUGUUAUUCAAAAGAAGAUUUUGACUUUGCUCAUGAUAAUAAUAUCGCCUUACUCUCCAAUGAUAAGCAAAUUACUCAAAUCUAAAUUGAUGAAUGGCAUUGUAAUUUGCAUCUUCACAGUGUAACACCCCUGUAGUGUUGGUUAUAUCCUUUUAUUGAAGUCUAGAAGGGUGAAGAAAUAUGUAUGUCUGGUGUUUGUGUGAGUUCUGGUGGUUAUUUAAUAUAUUUUUUUUCUCCAGUCUAUGACAACCUUGACUUAUUGUUUUGUUAGUUUGUAUAUACAUGAUGGAGUGCACAAUACUUCAAUGCAAACAGUUUUCAUGUUUUCUCAUUCUUGCAUGUCAUGUCCCGAAAGUCAUACAUUUCGUUUAAUUGGAACAUAUUUUAUGAAAUUUGAACUUUUAAUCAUGAGAGUUACCCAAUCACGAUGGUUUUCUGGUCAUGCAACCUAAGCGGUUACCUACCUUUUUUCUAAAGUUAGCUCACGUGAGUUGGUUCAGCUGUUUAUUUACAUAUUCCGUGAUGAAUACAUAUUAGAGAUAAUAAACUGUCUCAAGUGAUUAGUUUCAAUUUGGAGCCUAAUUUUUGUGAACUUUAAUGUAAAUAUCUGAUUACUGGAUUUUGUUGUAAGAAAUUACGUGAUUUGUUAAUACCGUUGGAAAUAUUCAGUGAUAUAUUCGUAUUUUUAUGGAUAUUUAUUAAAUAUUACUUUAUUUUAGUUAUUUUUUGUUGAGUACCAUGGAAACCCAAGUACAUGUGUGUUCUGUAGCAUUCACCUUAAGAUCAUCCCAGUAAACUUAUUUGGUUUUUAUUUUGUGACGAAUAAUAUUUAUACAUAUUAGUUCCCAUAAUGUUUCCGAUUUAAUACCAGGUGGCUCAGUGGUCAUUUAAAAUCAUCAUUAUGUCGGUUGUUUCUAAUAUCUGGACCACAUGUGUCUACCUAUCAUCUGACUAGUCAGUAGACAGAUUAUUUUCAAAUAAGUUCUGUAUUUCGUCUCAUGGUCCGAGGUUUUCUUAUAGUUUAAUUCUUACACUAGAGACUGUCUAGAUACAAAAUCAAUCUGCUCACAUGAGGCAAAGAUUCUGGUUCAAAAAACGAAAUCUCUGAGGUGUCAAUAACUGUCAGUGUUAGUUCCUCAUUGUAGCUGCCAUUUAGUUGGUGAUCUAAUAUUUCUGGUUCUCACUAUUUUAUGAUAGCAAAUCUACAUGAUUGCUAUUUAUGUGUUUUUCAACUAACAUUUCAUUCUAUUUCAGGUUAGACUCGGAUGGUAAGAGUCCCCUUGCAUCAGGUAAGUAAACUUCUUAUUCUAGUUUUGAUUUUUUUAAUGGAACAGCCUUGGCAUCUUAAUAUUCAAGCUAUGGAAGAGAAAUUUGUUCUCAUUCCUUUCCAUUCCUCAGAUGCCUUCAUGAUGAUUAAAUAUGUAGUUGAGUUAAAACUAUUUACUUGUUCUUCUUACAUAUGAUGAAUGGAAAAUGAUAUGUUUCAGUUCUAAAAAAACUUUCCCGGAAAAAUGUUUUACGAAGUUAUCUUAGAAAACAACAAGGAAGUAAACAGCUUUCACAAUGAAUGACUGAAACUGUGAAUGUAACACUAAGGCAUAAACCACCAGGACUGAUUAGUCUUUAGGAUUGGAUAACCUCUUCGUUACAACAUAAAGAGAAUAGUUACAAAUUAAUUUACCGCUUAGUUAAAACUGAAAAAUAAUUCAUACGAAAACGUCAAUUAGGUUUCAAUCAUAGUUAAGAUUAUGUAAAAUGAGUUUUAUAUCUUCCUCUCAAUUUCAGACAUGAAGAAAUAGAGGGGAAUUAUUGUUCAGUGUUUCCUCAAGAAUAAGCCUCUAAAUGUGAAUUUCGUAAUCUCGAAAUUGAGUCUCUAUGUCUUUUUUAAGAAUAAUGAAAAACUGUUCAUUGGAAAUCUAAUCUAAAUAAAUUCCGUUAUGGUUUCUGGGAGAUAUUUCUGUUUCUAGUAGGAAUAUAAAGGCAUCGAUUUGCUUCAUUUGAACAAUCAUCAGGAAAAAACUACAGUCACACAAUCUACUACUUUAUUUUUCAAAAUGACUGUAAGGUAUGGAAUUUAAAAGUAAAUGACGAGAAUGAGUACAGAUAUUUUAUCACCGGUAUUCUCCUAUCAGAAUCUUGAAUUGGAACUAUUAGGGUGUUAACGAGCUUGGGUUAACUAGAGUAGCAAUGAUGUGUUAGAUUUUGGGGGUAAGUUCUCUAGUCUUGUGUUUUAUGUUGAUCGUGGUAGUUUUGUUAUUGGAAAUAUUUCUUUAUUUUAACUGCAUAGUUAAAAGCGGAUCUCGAAUUCAUCUGGAAAAUAACGGCUUUUAAUGACAAAGAACGUGAAUUUUCGAUUAGCUCUUCUGAUAACCAAAUCUGAAGUUUUUGCUGAACGAUUUAUCUAUCUUUAAAGUAUCGGUACUUGCAUGGUUUGGUUCCAUAAAUUUCAGUUUGUAUUUACUAUAUGGUCAAAGAUUGAACUCAGGAGUUCCAAAUUUCCGCCAUUAUAUUUAACAAUUUAAGUUUCUCUCACGUUCAUUGAAGGACAUUGUGGUACAUCAUAAGUCAUUGGCGUUACAUUAAAACAUGAUAAACCAACUGGACCAAUAUUUUAUUUCACCUGCAUUUCAUCCUUUUUUCCUCUUAAUUUGUAUUUUUGUAUCUAGAAGACUCGGAAUUUACGGAAGUUCGUAAACGUAGACUAGAACACUUUGAAUGCUCGUGUGGAGAAAUCACAUCAAAGUCUAACUCUGAACUUAAUGAUGUGUCCAAUUGAUCUUGUGACAUUUAUAUAUACCUAACUUUGGUAUUACUAAGUUUAUUCUGAGAUUAGUUUGUGUAAGUUGAAUUCUGUGUGGCCAUGUAUUCUUUCAGAAUUCUUAAAUAAAACGAAUGGCUUUCUAUAUAUUUCAGAAUUUAAAUUAUAUUUGAUGUAAUAUUGUUUCGUUAUAUUCUGUCUUCAAGUAGUCUCAAUAGUUCGCCUUUAUUACUUGUUAUGUUCCAAGGAAUGUGAGAUAUUUCUCUUCAUUAUAAUUAGUAAUAUGGUUUUGUUCAAUGUACGUAUACUUUUUUUUUAUAAAUUACAGGGAUUAGUGUAAUAUUAGACAAUAGUUUAAUAGAUCACUUAGACAAGGCAGAACUAAUUGAUUUGAUGUAGUUUUGUCGUAUGGUUCUGUAAGUCUUCGACAUUUGAUUCUGACCUCAGUUUUAAUGGACACAUCUAGUUGGAGGUGCUUGGUCACUCAUCAGCACCAGAUCAUGAGUGGGAACGCCGUGCUACAUAUCUCCUACAUUCGUUGGCUAGCUUGGACCAACUAAUUAUUUCUUUACUAUAUCCUUAUAUGCAAUCCUUCUUUUUUAUAUUACCACCAUUGAAUUAACCACUAUGAAUUCGGUGUUCAUCUUGGUGUGCUAAUGAGGUAUGGUUACUUGGACCGAUACAUAUAUGUGCCCGGUCCUACGUUGUAGCUGACUGACUGAGCUUGGAUCAAACGCCUCCCGAGAUAUCGAUAACCGUCCAGAUAUGUCUCUCAACCUCUUCUCUUCUGACAUGAAUGGGUUGGCAUACUUUGUGUGUAAAGGUGUUACGUGUGUGGGCGUUGUCAAACUCUGAAUACUUGUGGUUUUUCUUACCAGCAUUCCUCUUAAGAAUCCUAAGAUUUAAAUAUUGGUAGUUUACUUGAAAUCUAUGAAUUUGCUCUUUUCAAACGUAAGUAAAAGUGUACUUUUAUGGGGAACUUUCCCUGGCAGCUAUUUGUGAGCUGACUAAAAAAUUUUCCAUAUUCCAGUCCUGUGCCGAUUUUCUUGUGGCUUUUUAACUCAUAGUUCGUAUUCCCGCGAACGUAAAAUGUGAUCCCAUUAGUCAUCAAAUGAUGUGGCUAAAGGCACAACUCAAGCUUUAAUUUGAAUGGUUUUACCUCUAAUGUACCUCGUUUUAUAUUUUUGACCACAGUGUUUCUGACUCUAUGCACUUGUGAAGUAUUGAGGCACUGUUUUGGUUUGUCACUAGCACGGAUAGUACUAAGUGUGAAAUAGAUAUAUUUACUGAGGUAACAUGUAAUUUACAAAGUAUGUAAACUUAAGAACUACGUGUCUUUGAUCUGUUUUUUUCUGUUCGUUACCGAGAAAGUAAUGAAUUCUCAGUGUUCCGUUUACUUUUUGGGACUACACUGACUUAUGACAUACGAUGACUGAACCAUAAAAUCUAAACCCUAUUUAAUUUCAUAUAUUACGCUUAGGCUGACCCCGUCGUGCAACAGUAGUGAUCAAAGCCAGAUAUGAAUUGAGUCAGAAAAAUUUUCUCAGACACCCGGUUCGAGGUGUAACAUGAAGAAAGGCUACGUAUCCUACCUAGUUUCAUCGAACGAGGCUCAACAAGAAAAUGUACUCUAAAGAUGUGUAUUUAAUCUCUUAUUGGUGAACAAUCACGUACACAUAAAAACGACCAGUAUUGUACGUGAACAUCUGAAGAAAUUUAUACGAAGUUAAGAAAUGCUUCAAUUUGAACGGAGCUGAAAGGUAGAUUUAUGUCCCUUUCAGACAUAGGCUUUACUACUACGCCUACGUUUCUACUGAAGAGUACGGUGCUCGACCUAAGCAUAUGUUCUAUUGCCUAGAUAAAUAGGUAGUACAGGGGGUGAAAUUCUCAAACCAUUUGACAAGUGUUUCACAUGCUGCUCACAAGUAUAUUGGACAAAUCCACUCAGAUUCAGUAUUUUGUUCUGAUAUGUCUUUAAAGAUUUCAUUGAUUGCUCAAUAGACCAUUUCCAGAUAUUUCGAAACGGCUGGACGGUUUGUUAUUUGGUGACAAUGGGAAAAAUGAAUAUUAUGCGACUGCUGAGAUAAUUUCAUGGAAAAAUUUUAACUUUAUUCCAUUUAGAAGAGCUGAGGAUCUCAGGUGUAAUAAUAUCUUCCCAUAGUAGAUGUCGAAUGUGUAAUUUUGUUGAAGAUACUCUUCCAGCCUGUUAGUCAAUGCACACACCAUUGCUGGUCACAUGUUGAUCUAACCAGAUUGCCUCCCUGACUUAAGUCUACUACGUGCAUAUUUAUCAACUGAUAGCUCAUCCGCACCACAAUAUAGGACGUGCAAGGUAAUAAAGGUCCUAGUAUCAAAUAGAAUGGAAUAACUUGUCGUUUCACUAAUUUCUAAUCAAAGUCGACGAUAUCUGAAAUUCAACGCAAUUUUCCUUCCUGACAGACCUUAUAGUACAAACAUACAAUACACUUGAAAUAGCCCCUCACUGCUAUAUAAAUCAGCAGGGACAGACACUCCGUCCUGACUUAUGAAAAUUACUUGGUGGUGUUUAUCUAAGUAAAAUUUUAAGUUCAGUCAUGGGAGCUAAUGUUGUAUUUAGCGAGUCUACAACAUACAAACCGUAAUAUUGUUCUCGUCUGACGUGAAAUUCAAGUCCAUAGUUACUCAAGCCUGGAUUGCCCCUUUGAGGUGGCCAAGUAAUCUUGCUCCUUUGGUUUCCACACCAAACGAAUGAAAUCCUACCAUAAAAAUGGCUUGCUUGGGUAGGAAAGAAAUGGACAAGAGGAAUGCAUACGCCAGCUUAGUGGUAUGAACUGAUUGAUGAUUGUAAGUUUUUCUUGGUCUGAAUUAUAUCCAGCAAACACUUAAACGUCUGCUGACCUGGUUUACAAGACAGAUAUGUUAGGUAUUAGUGGAUGGUUUGGCGAAAAAGCUUCUGUUAUUUCUCGUGGAAGCAUGAGAUGUCGAUCAAUAUUUUUACUCCAACUUUGUCCCAAACAGACCUUUUUAGUUGUCUUCAUUUUUAACUCGUACUUUCAUGUCUGCCUCCAAUUCACGACGCUAUGUGUUCUUUGGUCUUCCUCUUCUACUUUCGGGAUUCCGAAAAGGCUUUGUGAUGCACGAAUUUUAUCUGCUGUAGUUGAUUAUUACUGAUGUUCUCUGAUUAGUUUCAAUUUCAGUUUGAAAAGCACAGAGUGUUAAGUGACCUGUGUUUGUCAUGGCAAUGGUGGUCUCCCAGUUGAUCCAAAUUAUU